AUGUCUACCCCUCCCCCCUCCACCGCAGUCGGUGCGUAUAUCACAACCAUUUCCGACACUCUGCGAAGCGCGGUCUCCCGCCGCCGCCCGUGGUUCGAACUCUUCGACCUCUCCACCAUUUCCCGCCCUUCCUCCGUUUCUGACGCCACGGUUCGUGUCCGCAAGAAUCUCUCAUACUUCUGCGCCAACUACGCCACCAUACUCGCCGUCGUACUCGCGCUUUCCCUCCUCUCUCACCCGCUCUCUCUCCUCACCCUACUCUCCCUAAUCUCCGCGUGGCUCUUCCUUUACAUCCUCCGCCCCGCGGAUCAAUCGCUCGUCAUCUUCAACCGCACCAUUUCCCAUCGGGAAGCCCUAUGGAUCCUUAUCGCAUUCACAUUCUCCGUAAUCUUUUUCACAAACGUCGGAUCAUUGUUGAUGUCGUCAACUCUAAUUGGUUUGGGGUUUGUCUGUAUUCAUGGGGUGUUUAGGGAUCCGGAGGACCUGUUUCUCGAUGAUACAGUUUUGGCUAAUUCUGGAUUGUUCUCUGUCGUCCUUAAUGGUAGCGCCACCGCACCCACCGUCGUCACCAAAGUUUGA